AUGGGCCGAUGUACAUGCCAUGGUCCUGCCAGUCCAAUCGUUGACCCAAGUACAAGUGCCGAUCCUCAUCCUUUGCUGCAUUCACCAGAUGGUCGAAGCAUGGUGCACAUGUUCUGCCUAUCGCGGCGGCAGCGAAGAGCAGGACUUCCAUUGCUCUUUGGCAUGCUCUGCCGGCACAGCCUGCCACGAGCAUGGGGCUGCCGGUCAGCUAUGAUGUCGCCAAGCAGAUCGGGCAACUGCGCUGUACGUGCAAGCCAGAGGCAUCCUGUGCAGGCAGGUGAAACAGCACACAUCCUCUCCAUUGCUACCGAGUACCGACAAGAGGCAGUCAUCCUGCAGAGGUCUGCUGGACUCCUGGGAUACAGGUUUCAAUUCUGCGGCUUCCGGGAACGCUGGGUCGGCUGGGGCACGAAGCUGGUUCAGUAUCGGAAGGCACUGGAGAAAGGCUUGGCAGGAGGACGGAUUGCGGCGACCGAUCCUGUGCUGUUGAUCGACGGCUGGGAUUGCAUGCUGAUCGGACCAGCUUCUGAGUUCAUUCAGAAAAUGUCUUCGCCUCCCUUCAGUGAGGGUCACCAGCCAUGGUAUGCAGGUGAGAGAAUAUGCGGACCCGAUUUUUUCAAGGCGAACCGCAUUGACGCAGUCUAUCCUGACCCCGGGACACCAUGGCGCUAUCCGAAUGCAGGCUGCAUGGCAGGCAGAGCAGAGCCAGUGCUCGAGCUCAUCAAGGAACUGCUGAAGCAUAAAGACACCUUCCCGGAAGAUGGAGAUGAUCAGGGAAGGUUGCAUGAACAUCUCCUAGAGCGAGGUGAAAGUGGGCAAAGUCUCCCCUACUUCGUGGACUCCGAGUGUCGCAUCUUUCAAUGUCUUUAUGAGGCAGAGCCACAGUGGCAGCUUGAAGCGGCGAGGGAAGGACAGCGCCUUCCGCGACUGCGGAACACCCAAACUGGUCAGCAGCCGAUCGUGCUCCAUGGCAAUGGACACACGGGUCGCUGGUUCAUGUCUGGGCUGUGGCGUGAAAUGGGCCUACUGCAGAAGGUUGGCCUCACGAUCGAGGAGCUUCGCCAUCUUCCGCACGAUGGGCCUGUGCCGCCUGGCACAGUUCCGGACGAGGAUUUGCGAUUGCCGUACUUCCUUGCCUACGGAUCUGCUCUGGCUGCCCUACGAGAGGGCCAGUUCCAGCCGUAUGAAGAUGACAUUCAUGUGGGUAUCUAUUCCUGGGAUCUUGCUGCACUGCAGCGCCAGUGCACAGAAUGUACAGCCAAGGAGCGUGACAGCUUGCUGAAAUCAACGUUUGACAGGUUUGGGUUCGAGCCCGUACAAGAAAUCGUCGACAACCCGCUGCAGGCUUCAGCCGGCAAUAAUGUUCAGCAGAACCAGGCGGUGGUCGUCUGUCCGAGAUAUUACAUCGCAGAGGGAUGGUCCGAUGACAUGGCCUUUCCCAUCUUGUACAAGUUUACGCACCGGGAGAGCUUCGUACGUUUUGACAUGAUGGUCUUUACGAUGCAGUUUGGGCAACUCUGGGACUUUGCGGAUGGUGGUGCGGAGACUUCAUCAGGUUGGCGCUACAGUUUGUUUGCACCACAGCCCGUGGAGUUCGAAAAAGUCAUGACCUUCACCAUGCCUGCCAAGCCACUGGAAGACCACUACGGGCCCGAUUGGCACGUUCCGCGCGUCUACAACUACAUUCAGAGCCUGUCGUGCUGUAAGAACCGCUGCCAAGUCCUCAGGGUCCAUCCCUUCGAUGCCCGCAUGAGACGAGUGGAGCUCCCGCCGGCGCAGCCUUGGGAGGAGUUCAAGUCCUCUGUUCGACAAUUUCGGAUGCUGUACGCGAAGGCGAUGGCAGACUCCGAGCAUGAGUUCCCGGAACAGAAGCUCGAUCUCUACAAGUUGGAGUCGAAGCCAGUGGUGCUUUUCCAGGCUGCUAGCAUGUGCAAAGAGGAGGGUAACGUGCGCCUUAGAAACGAGAAGCACCGGGGCGCAUUAGACAAGUAUGACGAAGGAAUUUACAUCAUCGACAAGUGCAGAGAGGUCCUGUUGACGUGGCGCUUGAUAUUCCGCCAGAUUCAUAACGAGAAAGCAGACAAGGACAGAAAAGACAGAGGUCUCAAAGUUGCUGACCUUGUUGAACCCGACAUGCCUCGUGAGUUUCGUUCGGAUGAGGACGAGGAAAGGUCUCUGCGUCUUGCGCUGCUCCUCAAUGCGGCGCAAGCUGCCCUGCAGUGUCAGGAAUGGACCGCUGCUGAAGCUCGAGCAUCUGCCGCUUUGGAACUGGAGCAGCAAAAUAAGAAAGCGCUGUACCGACGCGGGCUUGCACGAGCAUCUUCUGGAGAUGCUGAGGGAGCCAAGCUUGACUUCUGGGCCCUGUUGAAAGCAUCCAACUUCGACAGCAAAGAAGCCAUCAACCAGCUGCAGAAGCUCCUCCCCGACGAUGUGAUCAAAGCUGAGUUUCAGAAAAUGCGGAAACAAGCGGCUAAAGAGCAGAAAGUUGGUGCUCUACUCAAGGAGCUUGAUGAAGACGAGAGGAUUGCUGUUCAAGACGAAAGAUACCAGCGAUACUUGGGCGACUGCGAGCAGAGGGCAGCGGAUGGCCAACGAGAGAUCACUUUUGAUGAAUGGGCCAAGCAGUACGAAUGGCGUUAUGAUGCUGACGAGCGGUUCAAGGCACGGCAGAUGUAUCCUCAAUACUUUAAUCACUCCGGACCAGCUCCGCUCCCUGUGGAGGACUGGGAGGUGGACUACCUGACACACAAGGAGAUCCAGAAGAUCAUGUAUCGGCGCCAGACCGAGGCAAUGGGGGCACGCCGGCGGGAGAAGGAAGCCAAGCUACUGCAGAAGCCACCUGCAGAGGACUCAUCCAACGACAAACUGCAUGUGGAUAAAGAGGAUGAGCCGAUACUUCGGGAUGCUGUCAUCAAGAAAGGCUACAACUAUUGGUGGUGA